AUGGGAGAUCAAUAUUUUAAAGCGUACGAAGACAUAGAAAUUCAAAGGCUCAUGCUCGAUGACAAACCGAGAACGGAAUCGUAUAAGAAAGCCAUUUUCGGAGCAAAAAAUAAAAUCGAGGGAAAGGUGGUUUUGGACGUCGGUACCGGAACCGGAAUUUUAUCGAUAUUUUGUGCCAAAGCCGGUGCGAAAAAAGUUUACGCCGUCGAAGCGAGUAACAUGGCAAAAUUAGCAAAAGACGUCGUAAAGGAAAACGAUCUAGAUGACAGGAUAGAAGUUCAUCAUUGUCUCGUACAAGAUUUGAAUUUGCCCGAAAAGGUCGACGUCAUCGUGUCCGAAUGGAUGGGUUAUUUUUUAUUUCACGAAGGAAUGUUGAGCGCAGUCAUUGAAGCCCGCGAUAAAUUUUUAAAAGACGACGGAUUUUUAAUUCCGGAAUCUGCGGAUUUAUGGAUAGCGCCGUGUAAAUUACCCCGAUUCUUCGACUACUGGAACGACGUGUACGGUAUAAAAAUGAACACAUUGGGAAAAUAUCAGAGAGAAAAUCAAAAGGAACCCGUCGUGACGGACGUUGACAAACAAGAUUUAAUCGCGGAACCCUCCGUCGUCAAAUCCGUCGUAUUGAAAACGAUCACGAACAAAGAAUUGAAAGAAUUUCGUUACAAAACAUUAGUUCCGUCGGAAAUCGAUGGUAAAUAUCAGGGUUUGUGCAUGUGGUUCGUGUGUAAUUUCGCAUUGGACAACGACGAGGACUUUGUUUUUCUCGACACGAAACCGGGACAACCUCAAACUCACUGGAAACAAACCGCCAUAGUGUAUCCGUUCGAAAUAACAGUCGAAAAAGGUGAUCCUAUCGCGUUCGAAUUGUAUUUUCGUAAUCGUUUAGACGAUCCGAGAAAAUACGCCAUUGAAGUAACCAUGUUGGAUCCGGAAAAAGAAGAACAUCCGACUCCUGUAGAAAAGGCAUCGAACGGGGAAAAUCUCGCGGUCGCUUUGGAUAUAAAUAAAUAA